CUAAAGUUGUUUGCUCAUUUUCAGGAGUAAUAUGCCAAGAUAAAGAUAUCGGCACCGAACAAAGAAGCAUAUGCCAGUCAAUAUAUCCGCAAGAUGACACCAAUUUCUAAGAACAUGGUUUCUGUCUCUCUCUGGAUAACAGUCGUAGUCAUUUUUGGUUCUCUCUGUGAUGGGGGCAAAAUCUUGGUGGUGCCUUUGGAGGGAAGUCACUGGGUGAACAUGGACAUCCUCAUCAAGGCUUUAAAUGGUCAAGGGCACAGCAUUGAUGUAUUACACACCUAUAAUAGCUGGUUCGUAAAGGAGAAUUCAACUUAUUACAACUCUAUAAGCAUACCUAACACCAAAGGAAUGGAUGAAGAAUUUGUAGAAGACAUGAUCUCCAAACUAAUCGACCGUGAAAGAGGAAAGAGCCACUGGCUGAGCGCUGUACAGGUGUUUUUGGAUGUGGUUAGUAACACGUAUGAAAUGCAUAAAAUGAUAUGUCAGCUUAUAACAAAUAUGUUUGAAAGUGAGGAAAUGAUGAAGACACUGCAAGAAAAACAGUAUGAUCUGAUGCUUACUGAUCCUGUAUGGGGUGCAGGCAUUUUCUUGGCUCAUGAACUCAAGUUACCCAUGGUAUAUAAUGUGAGAUGGACCACUACUGGUGAGGGACACUUUGACGUCGCUCCCUCUCCAAUGUCUUACAUCCCUAUCACGGGAUCUGGAAACACUGACAAGAUGAACUUCUUCCAACGAGUAAAAAAUGUUUUCCACUAUUUCCUAAUGGCCUUUCAGUACAGUUAUUUUAAUUUGCCACAGUACCAAGCACUUUGUGACAAAUAUUUCCAUCCUCCUGUAAAUUUUUAUGAACUUCUCCAGGGGGCUGAUAUAUGGCUUAUGAGGGUUGAUUUUGUUUUUGAAUUUCCACGUCCAACAAUGCCAAAUAUCAUCUACAUUGGAGGCUUUCAGUGUAAACCAGUGAAGGCCCUUCCACAUGAUCUGGAAGACUUCAUGCAAAGUUCUGGAGAGCAUGGAGUCAUCAUCAUGUCUUUAGGGUCGUUUAUCAGUGCCCUACCUGAUGAUUUAACAGCAGAAAUAGCUACUGCUUUUGCUCGGCUCCCGCAAAAGGUAAUUUGGAGAUACACUGGAAAGAGACCAUCUACUUUGGGGAACAACACAUUACUGGUUGACUGGAUGCCACAGAACGAUCUUCUAGGGCAUCCAAAGACUAAAGUUUUUAUUGCACAUGGUGGAACCAAUGGGGUUCAAGAAGCUCUGUACCAUGGUAUUCCAGUGGUUGGAAUUCCAUUCUUUUUUGACCAGUAUGACAAUCUUCUUCGGUUGCAAGAAAGGGGAGGAGCCAAGAUCGUUACCGUCGCAACUUUAGAUAAAAACAUACUGCAUGCAGCCAUACAGGAAGUAAUCAAUGAACCAUCUUACAGACUGAGUAUGCAGAGACUCUCUCAUCUGCACAGAGACAAGCCAGUUAAACCUUUGGACAGCGCCCUCUUCUGGAUUGAGUUUGUAAUGAGACACAAAGGUGCUGCUCACCUCCGAACAGAGUCCUACAAACUGCCUUGGUACUCCUAUUACUCAGUAGAUGUUGCAGUUACCUUGUUUGCAGUUGUUCUGAUAUUCACUCUAUCUAUAUUUUUAACAGUUCGAUAUCUGUGUGUCAAGUGCUUCAGCAGAAAAAGGAAAACUGAGUAACACAUUUGCAUAUUUAGUAUAGACAUGUAUUAUUCUUAUAUGUCUGUCCCAUGACUUUGAUUAUUACUUAUGUAAUAAACUGCUCACUGACCUUUAGAGAAAAAGAGAAACAAACUACAGCAAUUAAUGAUAACAUUAUGUCUGGCCGGAAAACAUCAGGAUAUUUCAUAAGUCAAGCCAAAAGUCUCUAGGAAGCAUUUCUGGUAACACUAAUGCAAAAUUUUAAAAAAUGUAAACGUUUUUCCAAAGUUUUUCAUCUGAAUCUCAGAUGACAAUUUGUAUGACUCACUUUUCAUUUCGAUGGUUGUACAGAAUAAUAAAAUGUGCUGUUUAGUAAUAUUUUUUUACAGAAAUAUAUGUCUCAAUAUCAGAUAACAUUUACUAUACUGUAAAAAAGAAAAAGAAAAAAAGUGGUAUGGGGCAGUUAUAUUUCCUAAUUAAUGCCAUUACUCUGACUUUUGCCCUAUACAAUUCAACUUCAAAGAUUUUGAAUGUUAGCCCAAACAUAUUUUAAAUAUAUUGUGCAGUGAAUAAACCCAAUUUAUUCAACAUCUGUAAAUUAUUAUACAUGUAGUUUCUUUCUGUUAUAAUUAGUAUAAAGUAUCAUUUAGUUACUUUAGGCACUGUAAUUAGCACUUUUUAAUCUAAAAUGUCGAUAUUGGGAAAAAUGUCCAUGUUGUUUGUAAAAUAUGUACCUGUGCAAAACUUAAACCUGCUGAUUUUUAAAAUCUUAACCUGACCAGUAGUUUAGUAACUGAUUUUAAUUAACAAUGCUGUUCUGUGUGCUAUUUCAGCAGGGGUCUAAACAAUCAUUUACUCAAUUUGUUAGCAAUUGAUGAAUUUUAAAAGAAUAAUUCUCAACUGGACUUGAAUUGUGCAUUAAACAUCAAGUGAUGACCAAAAUUGCUUAUUGAAGUAAAUAAAAACAACACAAAUCAAAUUUACAAUUAAUUUA